AGGAUAAAGGAAUGGGUGGAGCAGAUGCAGCAGGAGUUGGUCACACUGACGGACACAGCCAGCGGAGUGCAGAACCUCAUACAGAUCUUCCAGAGCCACAGGAAGUACUUCAGUGUGGGGUCCAACGAUGCCAGCCAGCUGGUGGCUAAUGCAGCGGGGAACAUCGAGAAUCUCCUGGCCAACCGUUCUCGUGCUCUCAAGACCCUGGCAUCUGCUGCAGAGGAUUUUCAGAUGUGGCAUCGGUGGAAGAAUGAUCCUGAGCCUGAUGACAUCCAUUACUACUAUGCCAAAGAAAACCUGGACUCAAAUGAUACAGAGGUCAAGAAGCCAAACCGGCUUUAUCCAGAGUUUAAGGAAGACGAGCAAUUUAGACGCCUCAUCUCCUAUAACACCACAGCAGUCCACAUACCCACGGACAUAUACGAGGGCUCCACCAUCGUGCUGAAUGAGCUGAACUGGACAGACGCAUUAGAGGCCGUGUUUAGGAAGAACAAGGAAGAGGAUCCUACUCUACUGUGGCAGGUGUUUGGCAGCGCCACCGGAUUGGCUCGCUACUUCCCAGCAUCCCCUUGGAUGGACUCGCGAAAAACGCCUAAUAAGAUCGACCUCUACGACGUCCGGCGGCGACCGUGGUACAUCCAGGGGGCAGCGUCUCCAAAGGACAUGCUGAUCUUAGUGGAUGCGAGUGGCAGUGUCUCUGGUCUCACCCUCAAGCUAAUCCACACCUCUGUCAACGAGAUGCUGGAGACCCUGUCUGACGAUGACUACGUCAAUGUGGUCUAUUUCAAUGAUAAUUCAACAACUCAUCCCCCCCUCCCCCUCCCUCUGUCUUAUCUGUCUG